UAGGCUGCGGUCCGAAAUACGCUCACAGCGCUAUUAGCGCAUUCAGGAUCGGUCCGAUUCGCUUUGUGAGUGUUUUUUGUGAGCGAAGUGACGUCAUUGAGUUAUGCUCACGAGAUGCUCACGACGCCCAUAAUCCGAAGAUGGGUCACCGUGAGCGCGUUUCGUUAUUUUGGCGGGAACAAAGAAAAGUGUGUUUCUUUUUGACAAAAAUAUUUUUUUUUCUUAUUAAAAAUUAUACAAAAAUGACAGAUUUAACAGUUCAUGACGUUUUUAUUGAAAACGAAAACGGCGAAGUAAUAAAAUUUCAGUUAAAUGCAGAAGACGCUAAAAGAGCAACUACAGACAAUGCAUUUGCAUUAAAUUUAAUGCAUGAAUAUGCGAGGCAAAAGAAUAUUUUACAGAAGCCUAAUGAAACAAUGCUUAUGAAAGAAGUUUUGUCUCCUACGUUCUAUCCAUCAUCGGAAUCACUAUCUCCAGCAAACUCAAUACAAGAAAUUGGUGAAGAUACAAAUGAGAGUGAUAAAGCUGUAUUUAUAUGGCCUUCAAAAAGUGUAUAUUUACUCUUGCAAAAAUAUGAAGAACGGAUGAACGAAUUUUCUUCAGGCGUUAAACGUCAUAGUAAGAUAUGGGAAAGUAUUGCAAAUGACAUGAAUACAGUUGAUCCGAAUGUUGCAGUAACAGGCACACAAUGUCAAUCAAAACUGAACAGCUUGAAGAAAAUGUACAGGAAAGUCAUAGAUCACAAUAACAUAUCUGGAAAUGAUCGAAAAUCUUGGCAGUAUUUUGAGAGAAUGGAUGAAUUAUUUGGAAGAUCAGGAUGGGCUAAUCCGAAAGCAAUAGCAUCAGAAGCUGGGCCUUCAUCUCCUGCAAGUUCAACAGAUGAGAACCAAAAUAAGAGACCUACCACUAAAAAGUUAAAAUCUGAAAAAGUUUUAGAUGAAUUUAUCAAACAAUUAAAACAAGACAGGCAGGAAAGAGAGAAGAAAAAAGAAGAGUUAAAGUUAACUAUAUUACAAGAACUAAAAGAUCAAAAAGAAAAACAGCAUAAAGAAAAAAUGGAUAUAAUGAAAAAAUUUUGUGAAACUAUUGCGGGUAAAAAAUUAUUUGAUUAA